UCACCAACCACAACUUUUGCCAACCUAAACCUCAAUGUUGUGCCAAACUUUCGCUGACGUGGCGAGUCGGACGGCCAAACUUCAGAACGCGAUCUUAGUUUCUUGUCGAUUACGCUGUGCGUCCACAGGCAGUCACGACUUGCGAUACGAACAGUACGAUAUCGCCUUAGAUUAACAGGCGUAGCGUAAGAUUUCUUCGUCAACAGGGGAACCAGCGUUGGAAGCUCCUCGUUGACCGUAGCUUAUCUCGUAGCAGUUACGCAGCGCGAGCAGCAUGGUCGGGAGCUUACCGCGGACUAAGCCCGAAAUCAUCGAGCUGUCGUCCGACGACGAGGACGACAGAAACAACACGCGUGUGCGACAGAAGGCUCGCACAAUAGCUCUAGCCCCGGAGAACAGGAUAGGUGAACCUAGGAGAGACGUCAAGCAGGAAUUCGCGGAGGAUACGCCGGCGAAGCGGCACCGAGGAGAUGGUCUGACGGAUCUAAUGGAUGGCCGUGCCAGUGGACCUACUGGCGCUAAUCGAUCUAAUGGCGCUCGUGGCGUCUGUGGCGCUAGUGGCAGUGAGCCGCACGGGAUGGGUGGGGGGGUCCCGCGGGCGCGAGUUAAGGAGGAACGGCACGAGGUGGAACGGCCGGAGGAGCGCGGAGAUCGCAGGGAGACGACGAGGGAGGCGAAAGGGGGGGUGAAGGCGCGGGGAAUGCAAACAAAAGCGGAAGCGGAUACGGGGAGCGGAGCGGGUGGCGGAGCGCGUAGCGGAGCGCCAGGGUCCGCGCGUCAGAAACAGGGUCGCAUCCGAAGAUACCGCUCGCGCAGCCGAGCGGUUGCGUCCAGAGCGACGAAACCGCUCGCACUGCCCCGCGGCAGCAACGGGAGGCUUCGGGAUCUGGGAGGGGCGAGAUGGAAAGGCGACCGCGGCGUGAAGCGGAAACGGCGAGCUAGUUUGGAAGCUCGGAAGUGGGCUGGUAGGGAGGAGCGGAGGAGGCGAGUCGAAAGUGGAGCAGGUUCUGGGGAGGGGAGGGAGAGGUCGGUGCUGGGGACGGUAGUGAAGGUGGAGGAUGCGGAAGCGGCGGAGAGGGGGGGUACUUGGGAGGAGUCUGGAGAGCCGGCGACGGGCAGUGAAGGCACGGCGUCGCGUGAUUAUGUGUCGCCUGGUGGAAUGUCGCCUGGUGGAGUGUCGCCUGGCGGUAUGUCGCCUGGCGAUGCGUUGCGUGGCGACGAGGGGAGAGGAGUUACUGUGAAGGCGGCGCUAGACGGGCGGACGGGUGCGGAAGGAGAGGGGGAGGAGCUCGAGGAGGGCGAGGUGGUUGGGGACGAGGACGAGAGCAACGAGGAGGGGAGUGAGAGGGGCGGGGAGGAGGCGGAUGAAGGGGAGGGGGAGGAUGAUAGCGUGGUAGGGAGAGGAGAGGGGGAUGGGGCCGAGAAAGCGGAAGAGGGAGGAAGCGCGGAGGAGGAGGGGCAGGAGGGGCGAGAGGCAGAGGCGAUAGGCGGGGUUAGUAGAGGGGGUGAUGCUGUGCGAGAACGAGGGGGGAAGAGCGACAUGUGUGCCGCAACGGCAGCUGGAGUAAGUGAUAGCGCAGUGGCGGAUGAAGGAGAGCUGAUUGGCGUGAGAGUGAAAACGGAGGCGGUGGCGGUGGCGGUGGGAGAGGAGGAGCGCGAAGCCAGUGCAGGGAAUAGUUUGGGAGGAACAGAGGACGGUGAGAGUAAAGAGGGGAAGAGGAGGAGAGAGGAGGAGGAUUCGGGUGAGGAGAAGAGCAGGGAGGAAGGGCGCGAGGGGAGCGAGGGCGGGGGAACAGUAGGUGAGAGCGUCAAGAGAAGGAAAGAAAGCGAGGAGAGGGGGGGGAGGCGGGAGAGGGAGGAGAGGGAGGAGAGGGGGGAGAGGGGGGAGAGGGAGGAGAGGGCGGAGAUGGCGGAGAUGGCGGAGAGGGAGGAGAGGGAGGAGUGGGAGGAGAGGGAGGAGAGGGAGGAGUGGGAGGAGAGGGAGGAGAGGGAGGAGAGGGAGGAGAGGGAGGAGAGGGAGGAGAGGAAGCCGACAGCAUGCAUAAUACGACGAAGCCAUUGGGGAAUGGUGGGCGCGCCAGGGUCCGCUGCAGCGCCCCUGGUUUGUGAUUCUGAUUCUGACUCCGAGGACUUGCCGCUGGUACGUGGCACCGGGGGAGGAGAUGAGGGGAGGGGGCAUGGCGACGCAAUGGUGGAGGAGGAUGCGAGUGCUGGUGAUCAUGCCAGUGAUGGUGCCGAGGGGGUCGACACUGCCGCGGCCAGUCCCAGCUACACUGGGAUUCCUCCAGAGGGCUCGAGGACGAGGGAUGUUCUGCGACAGGCAGCUGAGAACGGCAGAUGCCAGCUCAGGAACGAAGCAGGUGGAGAGAGCGUGGUGGCAGAGGGAACGCUGCGAGUGAAGCAUGAGGCUGUGAGUGAGAGUGAGGAGGAUGUUGAGGAGGAGGAGGAGGAGGAAGAGGAGGAGGGAGCAGUGGGCGCAGGGCAGGGAGCAGGGGUUGGGCUGGGAGGAGUGGUGGUGCCGUCUGCUCGCUUGAUGCUGCGGCCUGUGGUGAAGCAGGAGUGUUCCGCACUUGCUGCAAACGAGUGGGAUAAGUUAAGGGCGAGACUGGCUGCCAUGCAAGUAUUCGCAUCUGUACCAGCAGCAGCACCAGCAGCAGCAAGUGGGGGCUAUGUGGGCCCUGCCUCCACUUCUGCUGCUGCUGCCUCCGCUGCUGUUGCUGUGCCGUCUGCUGGUGGCCGUGCGUCCGUCCCUCCUGCUCCAGCAUUGCCUGCCGUUACUGCCACUGCUAAACCUGCUACAGCCAUUGCCACUGUUGCCCCCACAGUGACUGCUACAGGUGCAGUUACAGCUUCCGCCACCUCUCCUGCUGCUCCCAGUCCGCCUGCUCCUGCCCCUGCUGCUGCUGCUGUUCCAGGGCCAUCACAGGCCAUGACCCUGUGGGUGGCACCAGCACUGCCAGCGCAGCAGGGGACAGACUCUAUGGGCCUAGCGCGCUGCAGCAAUCAUAAAGCUGCUUCUGCUACACGGAAGGAGGUCUCGCUUGCCACCAUAGCUGGAGGGGCAGAGGGAACAGCUAGAGCUGGUGGCUUGGGAGAGGGUGACGAGGGAGCAGGGGGGCUUGAGGGCAGUAGCCGUAGGGAUGUGGGGGGUUGUAAGGGUGUUAAGCUGCUGCCUGCGGAAGCUUCACCUGAAGCAUCACAGCCCUUCCAGUCAAUGCAGUUGGUGCAGCCGCUACAGCCGCUACAGCUGAUGGGAGACAACAACGAAGCAGGGGCAGCGCGGGCCCUGCCGUGGGGUGACUGGGAGGCGCGGGUGCGCGUGCUGCGGCGGCAGCACAUGCUGUUUGAGUGCAAGGACGUGGACGGGGAGCAGGCUGAGAUGGUGUGGCGGCGGCGGGAGCAGCGGGACCUGCUGCUGCUGCAGGAACGGGAGCGGAGGGAGAGGGACGAGGGGGGUGAGAGGGGUGAGCGGGAGGAGUUGCAGCAGCAACAGCAGCAGCAGGGGCAGGUGCAAGGAGCGCAAGAGGCUGGUUUGCAAGAGGCACAGCCAACGGCGCAGCAGCAGCAGGAGGCACAGCAGCGGCAGCAGCAGCAGCAGCAGUUGCAGCAGCAGACAUGGCGAGUGGUGGUGGAGGAUGUGGUGGAUGAUGAACAGAUGGGGCAAGAACCCCUUCCCCCGCAACCGCUGCAACCACUGCCGGAGCAGCAACAACAGCUUCUGCUGCAGCGGCAUUCACUAGAGCAGGAGCAGGCCCUGCAACAAGCAGAACCCCCGCCUAGAGUACCUGCUCCUGACCCGCUGCUGCAGGAGUGGAUGGAAAAUGUGAAAACUGUUGCUGAUGGGGUAGGGGGCUCCCCCACGGGCCAGGCACAGGCACUGGUGCUGCAGGUGCCGACCAGCCAGGUUGGGACGGAGGAGGAGGAGGCGGAGGCAGAGCGGGCGGUGCAGGUGGCGCUGAGGAAGUUUGCAAGCUACAGCGAGGGCUUUGAGCGGAACAAGAGGCAGGUGGAGGAGGCGCAGCAGAUGCUCUUGCUGCUUGCGCCUGCUGGGCUGGCUCUUGCUGCGGAUGCUGCUGCUGCUGGUGCUGAUGCUGGUGGCGGUGGUGUUGCUGAUCCCAUUGUUGCAGAAGCUGUUUCAACCGAUACAGCAGCAGUAGCAGCAACUGCUGCUGCUGCCACCUCUGUUCGUGCCGCAGUAGCAGCCACUGAUGCCGCUGCUGCUGCUGCUCCUAGCUCCUCCCCUCCGUCCGCCCAAACCCCCCUCCUCUCAUCCGUCCCAGCCGCACCCAUCCCAGCCGCAGCAGCACCUGCCUCGCGCGCGCGGCGGAGGUUCUCGGCCAACUCGGCAUCAUACACUGAGAUGGCCCGCAACAAGCACCUGCUGCCACGGGACAUCAUAGGCCACGUGCCGGGGGUUCCUGUGGGCUGCACCUUCGCCUCGCGCCUCCACCUGGCAGUCGUAGGUAUGCACACGAAGCACAUGAGUGGGAUCGAUUAUAUUCCGGGCUCACGGUGCCUGUUCAAGCAGCAUGUGGCCACGUGCAUUGUGAUGUCGGGGGGGUAUGAGGACGAUGAGGAUGAAGGCGAGGAGUUCUGGUACACUGGGCAGGGGGGCAGCGGGAAUCAGCAGCUGAAGCGGGGGAAUCUGGCGCUGGCAAAUAGUUUUUAUUUGCAGCUGCCCGUGCGGGUGGUACGCGGGCAGGUGGAAGAGGUGGGAAAGAAAAGGGUGUAUGUGUAUGAUGGGCUGUACCGGGUGCAGGAUUUCUCGCAUGAGCCUGGGAGGAAGGGGUGGUUUGUGUACCGGUUUAAGAUGGUGCGCGAGGGGGGGCAGCCUGCGCUGAGGACGCGCCUGGUGACGUGGCAUAGGAGCAGGAGGAGAAUGCUGACAGGGACAGAUGACGGAGCUGCUGCUGCUGCUGCUGCUGCUGCUGGGGCUGCUGGGGCUGUGGCGUUGCCUGGGGCCACUGCUGCUCCAGCAGCUGCUGCUGUCAGCGUGGAGGCUUCUGCUGCUCAGCUGGCAGGAGCAAGUGUGGGUGCUUUGCUAUUAGCAGGAAAGGCAGAUGGUAGAGAGCCAGGGUUGACAGCAGCCGCACCCACAACAGCAGCAGUGGCAUCAGAGGGUGGUGCAGCAGGUGCAGCAGGUGCAGAAGGUGCAGUAGAGAGAGGAGGAGCUGGGCCACCGGAGGCAGGCGAAUCAGCAGAAGAAGGCAGCAGCGGCAGGGCAGCAGCAGCAGCGGGUACGGAAAGUGCUGCUGCAGCCGCACUCCAAGAAACCAGGACGGGCACAGCACCUGCUGCGAAGUACCCUGAUGCUCCGUCCCCACCCCCUGCCCCUGCCUCUGCCUCUGCCGCUGCCCCUGCUCCUGCUCCUGCUCCUGCCACUGCUUCUGUUGCAACAGUUAAAGUGGAAGUGGGUGAGGCUGACACUGCACCAGCAGCUGGAGCCACAGUUGGGUUGAUACGUAUACGCCUCAAAGAUCGCCUUCAUUCACGAGCCUCAGUUGAAACAGCUCCCCCCCCAUCUUCUGCAGCAGUGCCUGUAUCUGCCAUAUCUGCCCCUCUCAUGGUUCCUCCCUCCGCCCAUCCCUCUGCCGUUCCCUGUACCCCCCCUCUCCCCUCUACAUCUACAUCACUUAAACCAUGCCUCACGGCAGCAUGUGACCCGUCACCAGCCCCACCUACUACACCCUCUCCCCCUCCGCCUCUUCACCCCUCGUCCGUCCCGUUGUCAACUGCUCCUACAACUCUUCCCUCAACUCUUUCUUCGACCGUCCCGUCAACCCUUCUUUCUGACAAGCCACAGGGCCACGGGCUAGGGCAAGUGCCUGCUCCGGCUCACCUUGUCCUCCCCUCCGCUGCUGCUGUUUCUGCUGCUGCUCCUGCAUCUGCUGCUCCGCUCUCUAACACUCCUGCUCUCCGCUCUCCGGUCCUCCCUCCCACUCGCCCUUCCCCCUCUGCAUCCCCGUCGUUUCCUCGUACCUUAGCGUCACCUUUUCUCCUCCCUCGUCCACCCACCCAGCGGAAUGUCAUUGAGCUAUCCCCAUCACCCCCCUUGCGCCCCCCAGCCUCUGCACCCCCCCUCACCACCACGGACCCCUUCCAGUCACUCGCAUCUGCCCGAUCUCCCAUCCCAUCCCCCAUACCAGCCCGCCUCACUCUCCCUCCUCGCACUCUCACUCCUCUCGCUCCCCUUGCUCCACUCCCCAUUCCAUCCCCACAUCCAGCCUUCCUCUCUCUCCCCCAACCUCGGGAAAGCAGCUCCUUUGGUGCUCCCCUCCCCCCACCUACUUUUGCACGUUCCCCGAGCCUACUUUCCCCCACAGCAUCCCCACUUCCUUUUUGCCCCUCCUUCCAUUUCUUGGACCCUGGUAUGGCUGGCCCAUUCCCCACCACUGCUCCCAGCCUCUACACCUCUCCAGCCUCAACAAACCCGCCUCUUGCCUCCAGGUACUCGCCCUUGCCCACUCCUGCUCCGAGUGCCAACAUUCACUUCCCAUCUGCUGCUGCUCCCACUCCCUCCGCACCCACCCCUCCCACUGUCUCCUCGCUCCUUGCGCUCUUUGCUCUGCAAAACCCAUCGUCCCAUCCUGGAUUCUAGGCACAUGCACAUUCCACAUCCUGCCCUCUCCCCUACACUUUCGAUCUCCUUAGAGCGUGUUCCUACGAGCCUCUUCCCAGGAAACCUCUUCCCAGACUCACGCGUGACCUUGAGAACGUGUUCCCGGUGUUACAAUGCUAGAAUGAUUGAAACAAGGGAGUACAAGGGAGAUAUAGUGUUGGGGUUGUACCCACUGUUGGGCUGAAAAAAGCCCUUAGGAUCUUUCCAGAGACUAAGUCCCAGUUGAAGAAUGAGACUUGAGUAGUGCAGUGGAAGUUGAGGCAGUUGAACCCUUGUACUAGUAUAUGAGAACAAGUGAUUGAUUAAAGAAACAAGCAUACA